AUGGGAAAAGCAAUCAUGAUAAUCUUGGUCUGCUUCCUUGCUUUGUAGGCCUUAGAAACUUAGACAUUGGAGAAGGAUGAAGUUGACAUGGUAAAACUAAAUACACUUUUUGGAACAAACUAUCAAGGAUAACUGUAAGAUUAUUGAAUAAAUUACUAGCUAUUCCGGUUAUCUUAGUGCAAAAGAUGAUGGAUCAGUUUAGUUUCAUUACCUUUUUUAUCCAGCUAUCGAUUCAGCCUCUGAAAAACCUUUGAUAUUAUGGUUACUUGGAGGACCAGGAUGUUCAUCCAUGAUUGCAGCAUUUACGGAAAGUGGUCCAUACACCUUCAUUCCUGAAUCUAUUGAAUUUGAAGAGAACCCACACACUUGGACAUCGUUUGUAAAAGGAUAAAUUUAUGAUUUAGGCCAACAUGCUUUACAUUGAAUCGCCAAUAUCUGUUGGAUAUUCUUAUGGCCCAGCUGGAGCAUAAUCUGAUGAAUCAACUGCUUAAUACAAUAUGCAUGCAUUAAUUUAGUUUUUUGUUAGGUUUCCUAAUUUCAAAAACUAAAAAUUCUAUAUUGGCGGUGAAUCUUACGCUGGUAUCUAUGUACCAACUUUGACUCAAGAGAUUAUAAAGUAUAAUUAACAACCAGUUAAUCCAGAAGUCUUAAAAAUAAACAUUUAAGGCAUAAUGAUCGGUAAUGGUUGCACUGAUCCAAGCGAAUGUACUUUACAGGGAUACCUUUUCCCAAUACAUAGAUUAAACUUUUUUGGAAGACAUGGCUUCAUCAGUGAAGAAACCUAUUAAAAAAUAAUUAAUCAUUCUGAGGAAUGCUAUGGAUCUGCAACGCCCCAAUGCCAAGCAUUAGCCUAUGAAGCCUUAGCUUAAAUUUCUGGACCUUAAUAUUCCUACCCGGUGAACUAAUAUAAUGUUUAUUCCAAAUGCAUUAUUUAAACUCCUGAAGGAAGCUAAAGAAUGAAAAGCCCACUUCGAGUUUCAGACGAGGAGAGAGAUGACUCUGAUGUACCUCCUUGUGUGGAUGUGAAAGGUCUGUAUCAUUGGUUUUAGAAGGAUGAAGUUCGAACUGUAAUCAGUUUUCUUAAAUAUUCUAGCUAUUGAAUAUCGAUUAAAAGUCACCCAAAUGGGUUGCUUGCUCAAUAAAUUUCGACGAUUAUUAAAUAAACCCAAAUGGGUCAUUAGACAUUUAUCCCACUAUCAUCAAAAAUAAUAUCAGAGUUCUUAUUCUUAGUGGAGAUGUAGAUGGAGUGGUACCAAUAGUGGGUACUCUUUAUUGGAUUGAUAAACUUCAAUAAUAAUUAUGUAAUGCUAUUUUAAUAUCAUUAGAGCUGAAUACAAUUAAACCAUGGAGACCUUGGUAUAUUCCUGCUUUAAGAGAAUGCGAUAAGGAUUAAAAUGCAGGAAAUGUGUUUGAUAUUGAAGGUUUGACCUUUGUUAGCUUCAGGAAUGCAGGACAUGAAGUACCCGCUGACCAUAGAUUUGAAUCCAAGAUAGUCUUAGAGAAAUUUUUAAGAUAGGAAUAUUUAUGA